CCUGCCCCUCCCGAGCCUGCGUGGGGCGCGGGGCUUUUGCCGCCGGAGUGAGCGGCUUUUGGGCCUGAGCCCAGGAGGAGUUCAGACCCGAGGCUGCUGCCCCGCAGGGGCAGUUCCGGAGCCUCUCACCUGCGGAGCGCGGCCGGCGGAGGCACGGCCUCCGGAACCCCUGCGGCCUGGACGAGAUCUGCCUUCCGGAGACUGCACCCACCCUCCGGGGAAGAACCCAGAAAGAGGACAUGGCUACUGAACAGGGGGAAGCAAGGUCCCAGGUGUCAGUGACGUUCGAGGAUGUGGCUGUGUUCUUUACGCGGGAUGAGUGGAGAAAGCUGCGUCCUUUUCAGAGAAACUUGUACCAGGAUGUGAUGCUGGAGAACUACAGUAACCUGGUCUCGCUGGGACUCCUAUUUUCCAAACCCAAAGUGAUCUCCCUGUUGCAGAAAGGAGAAGUGCCCUGGAAGGUGGAAGAAGGCAGCCCGGGAGGCUCCUGGCCAGGAUGGAAGAGCAGUCAUAAAACCACAAAGUCAACUCAAACUCAAGAUUCUUCAUUUCAGGAGCUGAUAGUGAAAAGAUCCAAAAGGAAUGGACCCUGGGACUUCAAAUCAGAAAAACCCUGCAUAUCUGAAGACAGAUUAGAGAAAAAGCAGGAGAAAAAGGAAAGGGUUCAGAUAAUUUCAGUCCCCCACAAAAAAAUCCUUACUAUGGAAAGAAAACAUAAAAAUUCUGAAUUUGGCCAAAACUUCAGCCCAGACUCAGUCCUUGUUAGGCAACAAAUGGUUCCCAGAGAAAAAACACCACCAAAAUGUGAAAUACAAAGAAACAGCUUCAAACAGAAUUUAAAUUUACUUAAUCAACCAAAAAUCAACACAGCAGAGAAACGCUAUAAAUGUAGUCUAUGUGAGAAAACCUUUAUUAACACUUCAUCCCUUCGUAAACAUGAGAAAAACCAUAGUGGAGAGAAAUUAUUUAAAUGUAAAGACUGUUCAAAAGCCUUUAACCAAAGUUCAGCUCUUAUUCAACAUCAAAUAACCCAUACUGGAGAGAAACCCUAUGUAUGUAAAGAAUGUGGGAAAGCUUUUACUCUUAGUACAUCCCUUUAUAAACAUCUAAGAACACAUACUGUGGAGAAAUCCUAUAGAUGUAAAGAAUGUGGUAAGUCUUUCAGUCGAAGGUCAGGACUUUUUAUACAUCAAAAAAUCCAUGCUAGAGAAAACCCCUAUAAAUAUAAUCCAGGUAGGAAGGCGUCUAGUUGCAACACAUCCCUUCCCGGAUGUCAGAGAACUCAUUCCAGAAAGAAGUCCUAUUUAUGUAAUGAAUGUGGCAACACCUUUAAGUCUAGUUCAUCCCUUCGUUAUCAUCAGAGAAUUCACACAGGGGAGAAACCUUUUAAAUGUAGUGAAUGUGGGAGAGCCUUCAGUCAGAGUGCAUCUCUUAUUCAACAUGAAAGAAUUCACACUGGAGAAAAGCCCUAUAGAUGUAAUGAAUGUGGAAAAGGCUUCACUUCUAUUUCACGACUUAAUAGACACCGAAUAAUUCAUACUGGUGAGAAGUUUUAUAAUUGUAAUGAAUGUGGUAAAGCCUUAAGUUCUCACUCGACACUUAUUAUUCAUGAGAGAAUUCAUACUGGAGAGAAACCAUGUAAAUGUAAAGUGUGUGGGAAAGCCUUCAGACAAAGUUCAGCUCUCAUUCAACAUCAGAGAAUGAAUACCGGGGAAAGACCCUAUAAAUGUAAUGAGUGUGGGAAAACAUUCAGGUGUAACUCGUCCCUUAGUAAUCAUCAGAGAAUUCAUACCGGAGAGAAACCAUAUCGAUGUGAGGAAUGUGGGAUAUCUUUUGGCCAAAGUUCAGCUCUUAUUCAACAUCGGAGGAUUCAUACAGGAGAGAAACCCUUUAAAUGUAAUACAUGUGGGAAAACUUUUAGACAAAGCUCAUCACGUAUUGCCCAUCAGAGAAUUCAUACUGGAGAGAAACCUUAUGAAUGUAAUACUUGUGGGAAACUUUUCAAUCACAGGUCAUCUCUUACUAAUCAUUAUAAAAUUCAUAUUGAAGAGAACCCCUAGAAACUAGAUUUGCAUGUGUGAAAGCCUUAAACCAAAGCUCAUCAGAAUACAUGAGAAUGGUGUAAUAAAUGUAAUGGAUACAAAAGACUUUCUAUAAUUUAGUCAUCAGACAUUAAAUUCCAAGGAUAAAUCUUGACUAUGUAAUAGAUAAUAAGGAAAGUGGGAAGUGUUCAUGUCUGUCAGACCCUUUAACCUGAAAUUAAGAAUUCACAACUGGAGACGCUGACUUUGGGCAUUUGUAAAAUAAAAGAAUUGUUUUAUCUCUACAGCAGUGUAUACCAGAUAUCGUGAUUGUCAUAAACAUCUGGGCCAGAGGUGUGUGCACUGCAUUUCUCAUUCAAAACAAAACUAUAAACUGAUAAUACUUUAAAAAAUAACUAACAUUUUAUUAACAUAUAAAAGAUGUGAUCAAAGAAAUUAUACAUUUUUGGAGAAAAGGACCAAAUAAAAGAUAAAAAUGAAUUGUAAACUACCUCUCAGUUUCUGGAGUUUGUCCUUUUCCUGACCCAAUGUCAAACUGUGCAUGGAUUUUACUUAAAAAUAGAAACAAAAGUCUGUUUUCUUCUUCCUUUGUUCUUCAGCUAACUGCUAUUGGGAAUUUUCUACCCAAUUCCUAAUGUUGUCAGAAAUUUUUUUUUUUGCUCUGAAGUUAUGAGCGUAUACGUGAGCUAUAUAUGUAGGCUUUCAUCUUAGGCAUAUUAAAUGGAAAAAUAAGCCAUUUCAAGUUUAAAGCUAUUAAAUAUAUAUUUAAAUUCAAUUCACAAAAGAAGUUUGUGAAUCUUAAAAGAAGUUUAACAAAUCACCGUGCCAAAAUACUGAAAGUACAUCAAUCAUUUCAUGACAUAAAAAGUUUGUUUUUCUUACUUGGUUUUUCUAGUUUCGAUUUCAGGAAAACAAAAGGAGUAAUUAUAAACAACACAGUAUUUUUUUAAUCCCAGAUUUGAGGCAGGCACUAUGCUGCACACUGGGAGUUUUAGGAAGAAAAGCCUUCAAACAGCCAUGAAGUGGGGGAAAGGAGAUGGAGUUGAAGGACUAGCAGAUGAAUAAUCAAAUUAUAUCACAGUGUGUAAAUAUGGUUGGUGUAACAGGCAAAUGGGUUAUUUAUGGUAGUAUGUUGCAAGAAUGUUGUAUAGAUUAGCACAAGAUGAGGUAAACGAGAUUGAACCUAACCAAGGAAUCUUGGAGACAUUAAAGAUUGCUUUCCAGAGGCCAUGAUACCUAAGCCAGGUUUCAAAAGAAGAAUAGGAAGUCUCCAGAGGGUGAGAUAGCUUUCCAAAUAAGAGGAAACUGCAUGUGUGAAGAUACAGGUGGAUAAUAUGGCACCUUUGUGGAAAUGUAGAGAACUAAUGUCAGAAGAAUGACACAUUAAAAUGUUGAGCAGAAGCCAAAUAACAAAAGUCCUAUUUGCCAUGCUAAAAAGUGUGGAUUUUAUCCAGAAACUGAUGGAAUCAAUUGAAGAUUUUAAGCAACAAAAAUUGUUCUGGCAGUAAUAUGUAGAGGAUGAAUUUAGACGGUUGAGGACAGCUAUGCAGACUGAUGCCUAGAAAUCUGUGCUGUUGUAAUUCAAAUGAUCGAUGAAUGAGAUUCCAAACUGAAGCAGGGACAGUGGUUCUCGAAGAAUUGGAGACAUAAUGUAUUAGGAUAAAUGAGACAUGGUGUUCACAAGCAAAUAGACAAGGUUGGUGAGUGAGAGGGCUAAACUGACAGUAGCCUUGCCAGGCAUCCUGUACAUACAGGACAUGUCCCAUAUUUAAUGAUUUGGUCCUGCAUUGUGUAUUGACUUUGUCAGGCUGUCCUUAAUGUAUUCAGUUGUGGGGUUUUUUCCCCAAUAACAAAAACUCAGCAGUUAGACCUAUUUUUCUGCUUCAGUAAAUUAGCACUUAAAAUAUUUAAAUGGCAACACGACCUGAAAAUCCUACCUUCACAAAUAAAGAUCUGAACAAUUC